AUGGAAGUCUUAUUUUCUAGUGGCCCCAGCUACUGGGUUGGCCUGUAUCAACUGAGCGAGGAAUCAUUCACGUGGGCAGCCACGUGUCAGACUGCCACAACCAACUCUCUGGAGAAUUACGAUACAGAUAUUUGGCAGCCAGGCAACCAUUGCUUCCGACACAGGCCCGGAAACGCCCAUCGGGGAGAGACGGCUCCCUGCUCGAUUCAAUUCCCAUUUCUGUGCCAGAAAUAUCUUGAUGAACCGUGUGACAUAGUUCGGCCCCUGUACGGCGUGAAGGUGUUAAUUGUCCCUUUCAUAACCAUCGAAGAUUGUGAGGACCUCUGCAUGACGAAGGAGAACUGUUCAGAUGCUAUAUUCAGUAGCCUAAUGGACGCGUGUUACGUUCUGGAUGGAACUCCUGGGGGAAAUGCCUACAUGACACUCAUUUCAAAACAAUGUCUCAAAGUGUCACUGAAUGAGUCCACAGUCCAGUACAGUUCUCCAGACUUUAGCGACAUACCAAACACAUCAUGCAUCGAAGCAACAACAGUAGUCCCAACUCAGUCAUCAACACUUUCAAUAACCCCGACUUCAGCGUUUCCAACGUGCGCCUGCGAAAUGACGUCACAACAAAGUCAACAUGGAUAUUCUACUGGCCAAGUUAUGACAUCAACUUCAUCAUGUACACUGACUUCUUACGUCAUAUCGAUGUUGCCUAUUUCAUCCGUGACGUCAACAAUUCUUCAUGCGUCAUCGACGUCGUCAUACAUGACGUCAGAAUCUGUGACGUCCACGUCACCUUCACUUUGUCCUCAAGAUCAAUAUGCAGUCAACGCCGUUAACAUAACGGAGCAGCAGGCGUCCGUUCUGGCUAAAUAUCUCGCUGAAAACCUUACAAUUGACGCCAAACACACAUCGGCGUACGUGAGGAAACUGUCCAGCGCUGACGACUUACGGCGCUCCUCAAAGGUAAUGGGCUGGGUAGGGAUCAUCUGCGUAAGCCUCCCGCUUUUCGUCAUCUUCUUGUCGGACCUGAAGCUUAUUCUGGCUCACCUGAAGAUGCUUUCCCGGGGAUCCGCCAUAGGGCGGACGGAACUUCCACCGGGCGUCUGUCGCGUGCACCAUGUAUCUAUCGCAAGGAGAUAUGAUUAA